CGCUAUCGUCCUGGUACGGUAGCCUUACGUCAGAUUCGACAGUAUCAGAAAUCGACCGACCUUCUCAUGCGGAAGCUUCCGUUUGCUCGCCUGGUACGUGAAAUCGCAAUGGAUUUCGCAACUGCCACCGAUAACGAUGUUGGAUUGCGCUGGCAGAGUACUGCUUUACUUGCUCUUCAGGAAGCAGCCGAAGCAUACUUGGUACACAUGUUCGAAGAUACGAAUCUUUGUGCAAUACAUGCUAAACGAGUGACCAUCAUGAAACGGGAUAUGGCCUUAGCUAGACGGAUUCGUGGCGGACCUUGGGCUUCUGAUGUGCUUUGA